CACAAAUCUUCAGCCGCCUCGUGCCCAACUAUCAGCAAGGAUGAGGUCCCUCUACGUGCUCCUCGCCUUCGCGCUCGUCCUGGCUGCUGUCGUUCCUGAUGCCUCUGCCGAAGGCCAUGAGCGGAAGCUGGCACAGAUUGACUUGGGCAACCUGGCCAACCUGGGAGGUGGCGGCCUGCCUGACAUCUCUUCCAUAGCUGGUGGCAGCGAUGGCGCCAGCAGCCUUAUCAGCACUGUGACCUCCCUGGCUGGGAACCUGGGUGGCAGCGGAGGCAGCGGAGGCAUUACUGACUUGGCCAGCAACAUUGGUGGCGGCUCGGGAGGUCUGGGAAGCCUUGCAACUCUGGCAGGCGGCCGCAAGAUGCUGGCGACCGAGUGAUGGGUGUUGCGAUACAUUCACCUCACUGAUCUGCCAACAAACAGUGCCUAUUGGCGCUGGCACAUGCAAUGCAAUCGGCUGAUCCACAUAUCAGGAAUGAAACACAUUUGUACCUGUGAUUUUGUACAAUCUUUCUUAGUACUAGGAUUGUGUAUCUUCCAACAGAGGACGUGGGAGCCUCCUGAGAGUGCACACAGUGACGCUGCCAUUUAAGUAUUAUGGAGAGUCUCCUGUAGCCUGCAGCCCAUGUAUUUUCUAUGGUACCACUAGGGUGCUUAUUUGAACUAUUUCAUUUCGUCUUGUACCCAAGACGCUCAUUUUCAAGGAAAUAAUAUAAGGCCAUGGCUGUACUGCAUGUGCGCUGUGCGAAGUAUGGAAUUGCAAGGUAACACAUCAGGAUUGGAGGUGUCAUAUAAUGAGUUGCCAAGAGAAGAUUUCUUGAUGUAAUGAAGUGCUUGUUCCU